AUGACAGCUUCGCAGUCCGAAAUCAUAACUGAAAACGAUUAUGGGGUCGCACCGAUUAGGGUGACUAGACCAAGAAGUUUAUCAGACCCGAAUGAUCUGAUUGAGCAAAACUGUCUGGUGGACCCUGGGAACCAUGGGCCUGAUCACUUCAAGACCAAGAUGUCUAAAUGGAGGUUUUCAAUUAGAGAAUUGCUGGUCCCCUUCACCGAUACACAAUCUGCAUACCUCAUGAGAUGGCAAACUAGGUUUAGAAACCCUGGUACAGAUAUCUUAUUUGCAUACACAGCUCUACUUGGGUCUCACACGUUCUACGUCCUGUGCCUACCACUACCCGCGUGGGUCGGGUUUUUCGAGACUACUCGAGACAUGGUAUACAUUUUUGGGUACUCGAUAUACCUGAGUGGUUACCUGAAGGAUUUCUUGUGUCUCCCUCGACCAAAAUCUCCACCUAUGCAUAGAAUCACAUUGAGUAGCUACACUGCUAAAGAAUACGGUGCCCCGAGUUCCCACACGGCUAAUGCUAUCGGGGUUACCUUAUAUUUCCUGUUUGUGAUAUGGUUUCAGAUAUCAAACGAUCAAACAUUGACCCAGAAAAUCGUGUACAGCUCCAUUGCUCUAAUAUAUGCGUUCAUUCUUUCAAUGGGUCGUCUAUACUGCGGUAUGCAUGGUGUAUUGGAUUUGGUUAUCGGGGUUCUCGUCGGUGUGCUCUGUUUUGCAGUUCGGAUGGCUCUCAAAAGUUACUUCCGCUUAUUCAACAGUGGGAAAUACUGGUGGUACCCUAUUUUGAGCAUAGGGUGGGGGUUAUCUCUAUUGCUGUUCCAUGUGCGACCCAUUGAUGAGUGUCCCUGCUUUGAUGACAGCGUUGCGUUUGUUGGCGUGAUCUGUGGUAUUGAGUGUUGUGACUGGUUCAUAAAAUACUUUGGUUUGACAAUGGUUUACAGUUUUACAAGUGCGUCUGCAAGGGUGCUGUUGGCGCGGUUGCUGAUUGGGUUCCCCCUUCUCGUUAUAUGGAAGUACAUUGUGGGUAAACCACUCUGUUACUGGUUUGUUUUGAAAGUCCUACGAAUGAGGGACGACCGAGGCGAGAGGUUGAGUAGGUUAUCGAAGGAGUUAAGGAAAAGGGAAUCGCAGAGCGAGUGUCUUUUGUUCUGUGGUGUGUCCACCAUUGAUAUUGUAGCAAGGUUCUUUAUCUACGGUGGGAUCCCCAUGGCAGUGAUGCUACUGUCACCGGCGCCCAUUGGGUGGAUCGGUGAAAAGCUUGGAAUCCAGCCGAUCAACAAUUAA